AUGGCUAAAAAGGACGCUAAAAAAGGAAGAAUGGACCCGCUGUUGAUCACACCGGAGUAUAUUGCCGAGCAGCGGCGCCUCCGGGAGUUGAAGAAAGAGGAAAAAAGGAAAGAGGCGGAAGAGCUGGGCUCGGGCACUGAAGACGACAAAGUUCCACCUUCUUUACGUUUUAUCAAGAGACCCAUGCUUGCGAUUCCAGGCCAAGAGAAAGGCUCAGGGCUACCAAUAAGCAUUAUGUCGUACAAUGUACUAGCUCAAGCACUUAUUCGAAGAAGCCUUUUUCCGACAAAUGGAGCUGCUCUAAAAUGGGGUACACGGUCGCAAGUACUACUCUCUGAGUUCAAGCACUAUGACUGUGACAUUCUUUGCCUCCAAGAGUUAGAUUAUAUCCAAUACAACAGUUUCUGGAAGCAGAAGUUGUCCAAAUUGGGUUACAACUCUCAAUACUAUAGGUCUGGAACCAAAAACCACGGCGUCGCCAUCUUCUACAAGCAAGAGAAAUUUGCAUUUAAGCAUUCCAUGUUCAUCAAUUAUGAUAAAGAAACUUGCGGGUCUGUUCCGCUUUCAACGGCUACACUUAAUGUGGGACUAAUGAUUUACUUGGAGUUUUCUGAGGAAGUUUUAAAGUCUCACCCUAAAUUAUCUCGGGAUGGGAUUAUCAUAGGUACCACACAUCUAUUUUGGCACCCUUUCGGCACUUAUGAAAGAACCAGACAAACGUACAUCGUGUUAAAGCAAAUGAAAGAGUUUACGAGAACAUUGCAACUUCUCUACGGUGCCGAGAAAUCGUUUUACAGAUUCUUUGCAGGUGAUUUCAACUCCCAACCAUUCGACUCACCUUAUCUUUCCAUCACAGCAAAGCCAGUAACUUACACUGCCAGAGCUAAGAAUGUGAUUGGUCGUGCUUUGGUUCACGAAUGGAAUAAAAAAGAGAAGAAAGAAGAAGAUGAAGAAACGGCAAACAAACAAAUUGAGGAUAGUAGUGACCAGAACGAACUCGAUGAUAAUCCAGUCCCGGAAUUUUUCCAGUUCUCGCCUGAAAUAACGCAUAAAAUCAAUGAAAUGGAAAGCUUGCACAAUGAUUUGGACAUGCGAGCCAUUUCAUUAUAUUCUGUCGGAUACGGUUUGGUACACAAAGACAAUGCUGGACGUGAUAACGAUCGGGGUGAGCCAUUCUUUUCAAAUUGGGCCCAUUCAUGGAGAGGGUUACUUGAUUACAUUUUCGUGCUCACAGACUGGGACAAGCAAAUUUCCUACAGCAACAAGAUAGACUCCUUACAAGAAUUAGAAGAAGCGAAUAAGGUCAGGCUCUUGAGCCUAGUGAGAUUGCCUACACCUGAAGAGAUGGGUCCUGAACCUUCUGGACAACCUAGAAUCGGACAGUUUCCUUCGGACCAUCUCUGUUUGAUUGCCAAGGUAGAACUUGUGUGA